AUGGAAUUGGCUGAUGCCCUGAGAUUUUAUAUCCCUCUCUUCUAUUCAGCACUUCUGAUCCUACUGUACCUUCUCACUUUCUAUGUCAUUGUGAGACACUGGAAAACCGAGAAAUCAUCAUUCUUCAUGAUGUAUAUUUUUGAAGGAGUGAUGAACAUGUGCACGUAUUUUAUGGUAUUCUAUUCGAAGAAGCUGAAUACUGUCACUUCCGAAACAAGUCCUCUUGCUUUCCUCUAUAGGGAUAUGGAGUCUCAAACUUUGGAGAACAUUUCUGAAAGGAGACGACUGGUCGAGUCGAAGCAAGCGUGCCUCUUCCCACCACUUAAACGCCAUCUGGGUGGCUACACACCAGCGAGUGUGUGGCUCAGUGGUUGUGUUGUGGUGCGCCGCUGUGGAGACAUCGAUUUUCUGAAGAACUUCCUCACUUGUAUGAGCUACCAUAUGGCUUUCGUACAAUAUAUCAACACUUCUCUUAUUUCUACUAAUCGAUAUACUGUUCUCCGGUUUUUGCAAAGCGCGGAGCCGUUCUGGAAGAAAUUCGCAUUGCCCAUUAUGAUAUUAGCUUUUCUGGUUCCUUUUGUUGACACCCACAGGUAUUUUUUCCUCCAAACGGAAAUAAUCUUCAACGAGGAAUCCGGAAGCUAUGAGUUUGUGGAACCGAUGCCCCUCGAAGACUGCUUCAAAUAUCUCAACCCCACUAUGAUUUUCUGCAGUGUUUAUUCAGUUGGUAUGAAUGUCGCCAGUAGGAUGAACCUCAGGACACUCAACACCCAUGUACGAAGCAAAGCAAGUACAAACUUCACCAUCAUUACGCUUUUCACUUCCGUCACUCAAGUUCUCGGUUGUUUCUUGAGUAUUAUUCGUGUCAAAUGGCCAACAGGACCAAUAGCAAAACUUCUUGCCGAAUAUCUACCAUUUGUCAGUGAUGGGUUGACCUUGAUGCAGCCACUGUUGCUUUUUGUACUCACUAGUUCGAUUCGAGGAAAAAUCAUAGCAAUGUUCAAACGUAAGGAUACCUCGGUUGUACAUGUGAUACGGUCAGCGAGCAGAAACUCGAAUUAA